AUGCCCAACACAAGCCUUCGGCGCCCGCAAAAGGGCUACCGCGGCCGCGGCAGGAAACAAUCAUAUCAUGGCGGCGGUCGUACAACCCGCACCUUCGCCGCUUCAAGCCGCAACGAAGCGACGUCUGCCGAUGAGAAAUGGGAGCGCACCCGUCUGGCGCACAGCAUCGACGAGAACAUGGGCUUCGCGCGGUACGAGGGCGGCAAGCGCAAGGAUGGAUGGCUGGUCAACGUCCAGCCGACGUCGGUUGAGGACGAGCGGAUACCGGGCGGCCGCGCGGCGCUAGACUGCUACUUCCUGGAAGACGACGGAACGACGUUCAAGGCGACGGUCGAGUACGACCCGUAUUUCCUGAUUGCCGUGAAGAAGGGCAGGGAGAGCGAGGUCGAGGAGUGGGUGAAGCGCGUGCCCGGUGGCGGCGUCGUCAAGACAGUAAAGCGGAUCGACAAGGAGGAUCUCAGCAUGCCGAACCAUCUGCUUGGGUACCGCCGGACAUUUCUGGAACUGAGGUUCGCGAAUGUGGCCGAUCUAAUGGCGGCGAGGAAGGACAUCAUGCCCAUUGCGGCGAAGAACAGGAAGAAUGUGGAUGCGAUGGACGCAUAUGCCGAGGUCUCUACGACCAACGGCGACUUUGACCUUUUUGACGACUCACGAGAUGACGAUAGACGAGCUAAUGCUUCUUUUGCUGAUGCCAGCGACUUCAUUGUCGAUAUUAGAGAGUACGACGUACCAUACCAUGUAAGAGUAAUGAUAGAUAUGGAUAUCCGGGUGGGAAAGUGGUAUUUCGUAGACGUCAAGCACGGCGUUACGAAGGUGACCAUCAAUGAAGACAGACUGGCCAUGGCGGACCCGGUCGUCAUGGCCUACGAUAUCGAGACCACGAAGUUGCCCUUAAAGUUCCCCGACGCCGCCAUCGACCAGGUCAUGAUGAUUUCGUACAUGAUCGAUGGCCAGGGUUUCCUAAUCACCAACCGAGAGAUCGUUUCUGAAGACAUCGCCGACUUCGACUACACGCCCAAGCCAGAAUACCCCGGCCCGUUCAUGAUCUUCAACGAACCCAACGAGAAGGCCGUGCUCGAGCGGUUCUUCCUGCACAUCAAGGAGGCGCGGCCAACCGUCAUCGCGACGUACAACGGUGACUUUUUCGAUUGGCCCUUCGUAGAAGCUCGAGCCAGCGUCAACGGAAUCGACAUGUACCAGGAGAUCGGCUGGAAGAAGGACAGCGAGGACCAGUACAAGUGCAAUUACAGCGUGCACAUGGACUGCUUCCACUGGGUUAACCGAGACUCCUACCUGCCUCAGGGCUCUCGAGGUUUGAAGGCCGUCACGGUUGCUAAGCUAGGAUACGACCCUGACGAGCUCGACCCCGAACUGAUGACGCCUUAUGCGGCGGAGCGCCCCCAGACGCUGGCAGAGUACUCAGUUUCCGAUGCCGUGGCAACGUACUACCUGUACAUGAAAUACGUCCACCCCUUCAUCUUCUCAUUGUGUACCAUUCUGCCACUCGGCGGUGAUGACACGCUAAGGAAAGGUACCGGUACCCUUUGCGAGAUGUUGUUGAUGGUCCAGGCGUACCAGAAGGAGAUUGUCCUGCCCAACAAGCACGUUUCGCCCAGGGAAGCCUUCUACGAAGGUCACCUGCUUGAAUCAGAGACAUAUGUCGGUGGUCACGUCGAGAGUAUCGAGGCCGGUGUCUUCCGGUCAGAUAUCCCCGUCAACUUUGCGGUUGAUACGGGUGCCGUAGACGAACUGCUCAAGGACUUGGACGCAGCAUUGACGUUCAGUAUCACUGUCGAAGAAAAGAAGUCCAUGGACGACAUUGAGAACUACGAAGAGAUCAAAGAGCAGAUUGCCGCGCGACUGCGUUCCCUGAAGGAGACCCCAAACCGGAGCGAGCGACCCCUGAUUUACCAUCUUGAUGUCGCAUCCAUGUAUCCCAAUAUUAUGACAACGAAUCGUCUUCAGCCGGAUUCCAUGAUCCAAGAGUCAGACUGCGCGGCGUGCGACUUUAACCGACCUGGUAAGACAUGCGACAGACGGUUGCCGUGGGCCUGGAGAGGAGAGUACCUCCCAGCGAAGCGCGACGAGUACAACAUGAUCAGGAACGCCCUGGAAAACGAAAAGUUCCCCGGCAAGUGGCCCAAUUCACCGAUGCGGACGUUCCAGGAUCUGAGCCCGGAUGAACAGACGGCGUUGCUGAGGAAGCGUCUGCAAAUAUACUCGCAAAAGGUCUACCACAAGAUCCGCGACUCGACAACUAUCGUCAAGGAAGCUAUUAUCUGCCAGCGCGAGAACCCCUUCUAUAUCAACACCGUAAGAGACUUCCGUGACCGUCGUUACGACUACAAGGGCAAGGCCAAGGUGUGGAAGGGCAAGACGGAGGCUCUCAAGUCGUCCGGCGCGGGGUCUUCCGAAGUCGACGCGGCGAAGAAGAUGAUUAUUCUCUUCGACUCGUUACAGCUUGCCCAUAAGGUCAUUUUGAAUUCGUUCUACGGCUACGUCAUGAGAAAGGGAUCACGUUGGUACUCCAUGGAAAUGGCCGGCGUGACCUGUCUGACGGGAGCGACGAUUAUCCAGCUCGCCAGAAGUCUCGUUGAGCGUUUGGGUCGCCCGCUCGAGUUGGACACUGACGGUAUCUGGUGUAUGCUUCCCGCCACGUUCCCAGAAAACUUUUCGUUCAAGACGAAGAAUGGCAAGAAGGUCACUAUUUCGUACCCCUGUACCAUGUUGAACCACUUGGUCCACGCCAAGUUCACGAACCACCAAUACCAGACGCUUGUCGACCCCAAGACAUUCAAGUACGAGACACACAGCGACAAUUCUAUCUUCUUCGAAGUCGACGGUCCUUAUAAGGCCAUGGUUCUGCCCACAUCAAAGGAGGAGGACAAGAACUUGAAGAAGCGUUAUGCAGUCUUCAACGACGACGGCAGUCUGGCUGAGUUGAAAGGUUUCGAGGUCAAGCGCAGAGGUGAGCUUAAGCUCAUCAAGAUCUUCCAGCAGCAAAUUUUCAAGUUCUUCCUGGAGGGCACGACGCUGGCAGAAUGUUACACUGCCGUCGCCAAGGUCGCCAACAGGUGGCUUGACGUUUUACAUAGCAAGGGCGCGACGUUGGCGGACGAAGAGCUCAUGGAGCUGAUUUCUGAGAACCGAAGCAUGUCCAAGACGCUUGAGGAGUACGGCAGCCAGAAGUCAACAUCCAUUACCACGGCGAAGCGUCUGGCCGAUUUCCUGGGCGAGCAGAUGGUCAAAGAUAAGGGUCUGAACUGUAAAUUUAUCAUCUGCGCCAGGCCAAAGAAUGCUCCUGUCACCGAACGAGCCGUGCCGGUUGCAAUCUUCUCUGCCGAAGAGACCACGAAGCGCUUCUACCUCAAGAAGUGGCUGAAGGAAGAACCUGCUGACACUGACCCGAGAGCCCUUUUGGACUGGGAUUACUACCUGGAGCGUCUGGGCUCCGUCAUCCAGAAGCUCAUCACCAUCCCCGCCGCGCUCCAGAAAGUCCGGAACCCCGUCCCGCGUGUUCCCCACCCCGACUGGCUCCAGCGGAGAAUCAACAUCAAGGAAGACAAGAUGAAGCAGAAGAAGCUUACCGAUUUGUUUACAAAGGGCCCUCUGGAAGAUAUUACCAACCUCAACGGUCGGAAUAUGGAUGACAUGGAGGACUUUGGCAGCAAGCUUCUCAAGCCGAAGCCAGUCGCUUCUGCGGUUGCUUCUUCGCAGCCAGCACCAACUGCUCAGAAGAGAAAGUCACCUGAACCGGCCGAAAGUGCGGACCCCUUUGCAGCGCUUCCCAAGGUCAUGCCCUCGCCUUCGGAGGACUAUGUCGGCUUCCUGAAGUAUCAGAAGCAAAAGUGGAACAUCCAGAAACAAGCCCGUAUCCGCAGGCGACAACUCUUUGGUGACCGACGCGGCAACCAGAGUAACAUCCAGGCGACGUUCAUGAAACAGGCUCACAUAACGUUUAUGAACACAUGGCAGCUUUUGCAUCUCAAAGCAACUGAAACUCCUGGUAUUGUAAACGCGCAUGUUCUUAUUGAUGCCAAAAUCCAUUCGCUCAAGAUCAAAGUCCCGCGGCAGGUAUUCUUGAAUUUGAAGAGUGGCGAUAUGCCUGACGUUGAUAUUCCCGGCUGCGAGGUAGAGCAGGUCAACCACACUCUCCCUAACGGACACUCAUCUGUUCACCUGUUCAAGCUCACUGUUCCUGAGGAUGUCUACUUUACUGAGGCUGACAAGUUCUCGCUGCUAUUCAACCAUCCCAGUGUCGAAGGCGUGUAUGAGAAGCAUCUGCCGCUCAACAUCCGUGCCGUUCUUCAGCUUGGCAAUCUCUGCACCAUUGACGAACAACAACAUGCUGUGCUCGGAAAGGGACUGGAUCAAGGAUUCGACCUCACUGGCCUCAAGCGGCCCCUGAAGCCUAGGACAUACCUUGACUCUUCGCCGCUGGCAUACAUCUACAUUUCUCACAUCACCGCUGGUGACAAACAGAUCUUUGGCGUGUUCUCAACAACAAGAGACGAGGCACACGUUAUUAUUCUGCAAAAGAGCAGAGACUCGGGUCAGGAGCUACCAAACAUUUCGAAGAUCUACACUGAGCUGCUUGCUCGCCGGGGCGAAGAAGCUGAAGGUACCAACUGGCAAGACUGCUUCCGGUACCAGGAGAAGAUGACUUUCAAAAUCACGCAAGUGACGACUAAAAGGAAGGCUCACUUGGAGCUCAGCGACGUUGUCAAGAAGAUGAGGAAGGACGAGCUGAGGCCGCAAAUGAUGGUCAUUCAGUCCUCACAGCGUAAUAUGCUCAUCACCGACGUACCGAUCCUGGGCGACUUCCCUGUCCUCCCGCUCAAGUAUGAUCCUGCGGAUAGUUCUCUCCCGCCUCUUGGUUGGCAGGCUGCCGUGGCAAAGCGUCUUGUUGGGCAUUACCUCGGGCUUGGCUCUUGGAUCCUGCACUUGACAACCCUUGCGCGGUACGGCGAUGUUCCUCUAUGCAACUUGGAGAGAGAAGAUCCGCGGUUCCUUAUCGAUAUUACAUAUGCCAGACGACUUCAAAACAACAAUAUCGUUCUCUGGUGGUCUGCCAGCCCCCGACCUGAUCACGCAGGAUACGAGAAGGAUGAUAUUACCGGUCCCCUCCAAACUGUACAGAUGCCGUCGAUCAACAACCCGGGCACGUUCUCGUCUGUCUGUAUUGACCUGGAAGUCAGAAAUCUCGCAAUCAACACCAUCUUGACUUCGUCUCUGAUCAACGAGUUGGAAGGGGCUGAUUCCAUCUCUUUCAACCCUGCCGGCGAUGGAGGCGCAUCUGGAGAGGAAGUUAUCUCAUCGGAGGGCACAUUCGCCAACGCCGGUAUCCUCGUUCUCCGCGAGAUGGUGAAGAACUGGUGGCAAGAAGCCUGUAAGGGCAACACGAUGGCCGACGUCAUGGUCCAGCACCUCGUCCGCUGGGUCGAGAACCCGGAUUCAUUCUUGUACGACCGCGCUCUGCACUAUUACGUUCAAAUGAUGUCCCGCAAGGCUUUCCAGCAACUUAUGGCAGACUUCCGCCGCGUCGGUUCACAGGUCGUAUUUGCCAACUCAAACCGUCUACUCCUGCAAACCACCAAGGCCGAGGUCGGUACCGCAUACGCAUACAGCCAGUACAUCAUCAAGUCAAUCAAGAGCAAGCCCCUCUUCCACUUUAUCGAUCUUGAGAUCAAGGAGUACUGGGACUACCUGGUAUGGUACGAUGAGUUCAACUACGGAGGCAAGGCGUGCCAGGAGGUCGUCGAGGCGGACCAGCAGGCCCUGGACACCGUCAUGCACUGGCAGAUGGCCACAUUUCUUCCGAUCCGGCUGCAGCCGACGUUCCAGGACUGGGUCAUUGAGUUCAUCCAGCUCAUGCACGCCCUCAAGAGGCCGCAGAACGGAGAGUUCGAUUCCACGCCGAGACUUACUCAAAUCCCGCAGAAGUCGCUUGCCGAAGGAGCGGAAGGACAGAUCAUUCUCGGCAAGAAGUUUGAGAAGCCCCUGAAAAAGGACAUUGCCAACCUAGUCAAUCUGCAAAAGAGGGAGCUGCUACACCCAGAGCUGGCGGAGGACUACUCAUUCCCGCAGCUGCCUGGCUCGCAUCUGUCCCACUUAUCGUCGCGAAACGCUGUGCUGGAGCUCGUAAAGGCGCUGAUGCAGGUGCUCUCUCUCGACAAGAACAUUACCCUCGAAGCCCGUCUCCUAAGAAAAGAACUGCUUGCCAUGUUCGAUAUUAGGGAAUUCAGCAAAGAAGGAGCCUUCCAAAAUCCGAGCGAGAGUCUCAAGCUCACGCAGCUCAGCUGCGACAGCUGCACCAUGGCGCGCGACCUCGAUUUCUGUAGAGAUGAGGACUUGGUACCUGAGCUCGGGCCCGAUGGCAAGAGACUGGGCCCUGAGACGCGGCCCUGGAGGUGUUCGUUCUGUGAGGCGGAGUACGACCGCAACGCGAUCGAGGAGAUGUUGCUCGCUAACGUCGAGGCUUUCGUGGUUGAGUGGAGCACGCAGGACCUGAAGUGUGCCAAGUGUGGCGCGUUGAGGCUGAACGAAUUCAUGGAGCAUUGUACGUGCAGUGGCGAGUGGGUUGAGAGUGUGAAGAGACAGGAGAUUGUGAGUAGAUUGGGUGUUUAUUCGAAUGUGGCGAAGUUUUUUGGUUUGAAGAUGCUGAUGGAUGUUACGGAGGGGCUGAAGAAGGGGUUGUAA